GUUACCAUGGCGAUAAUGCCAAAAAUGAUUCUUUGUCUCUCUUCACUCAUCUCGAAACACCCCUUGUCGCCGUUCAGCACUAGGAAGUCUCCCAAAACUGCUGUCCAGGAACCCGCAAGAGCAUCUCUCUCACUCUCGGUGGAUCACACAGAGCCGAGUUCACCUUUCCCAUCACCUGGAUCGGCAUUUCUGUCGCCGCCGACACUGGGAGCACACGAGUUUGCGUCCAGACGUUCAUCGGUCGAACGCGCGAGCGCAACCAAGAGAAAGUCUCGGGAAGAGAUGAACGGAACAAACGGAAAGCUUGCUAUCGACGGAGAGUCUACUCCAACAACGACAGCGUCUGUGGCAUCACCGCUGACACCCACACCAGCCACGUUCUCCUCGUCGGCGCAAGUGACCAUCCCUGAUCCACAAGAUGCAACUCUCGUGACACCUGUCGAGAAACUCCCCGACCACUUGUCGCUGUCCUCUUCGCGCCCUGCGCCGCCAUCGCCCGCAGCUUCUCGCCGCGCCUCCUCCACGCUCUCCCGGUCGUCUCGCCCCCAGUCACGUGUCACGUCACUCUCACAGCAGCUCUUCUUGACAGAGCACCACGCUGGGGGCUCGUCCUCGACCGUCGUACCGAUGAAGCCCCAGCUAGUGAAAAUUCGAGAUUUUGCGUACCCGCUCUCAGACGAGCGCCAUGUCGGCCGAGGUCCUGACGUCCCGCGCUCGAACCGCCCGCGGAACCGCGGAUCAGUGUAUUCGAGCUCGAGCUCAAGCGCGUGCUCAGACGAGGACGAAGGCGGCGAAGAUGGCGAAGAGCAGCAGCAGCAGCGUAACAGCUUCAGCGCGUUCCGCUGGAACACGCUCAGCACGCACUUCUGGAACGGCAAGGACGACGACGACGACGACGACGACGACGACGACUUGGACGCGGGGCCGUCUCAGACAGAUCUCGCGAUGAACUUCGACCAAUCGUCACCAGUGAACGAGCACGACGACUACGCGGAUGAUGACGAUGACUAUCCACCACCAAGCGACGACGAGCCGCUCAUACCAGGCAUGUAUCGUGCACUCUAUCCGUUCGAGCCAGAGGGUACUGCGGAGGUGGCGCUGGAGGAGGAGCAGCUCGUGCAUGUCGUCGGGCGAGGCGGGGGUGUCGGCUGGGCGAUCGUAGAGAAGGAAGGCGGCGGGCACGCCCUCGUACCAGAAAGCUAUCUGGAGCUGGUCACACCAGACGCACGCUGAGUUUUAAUUUAAUCUGUCUACACUUUGUCUGUACAUUGGUUCCGCUCAGGUCAAGCGUGUAUGUUAUUUCCCCGUCUUGUACGGGCGCAGAAGCUGUCCGUGCGGUCCGUUAACAAUUGGCUCGGCCUCGCAUCUUGUAUGUGUCCUGUCUCCUCAAGUGCACUGUAUUCCACAUCUUGUGCUUCUAGAUAGUCGCCUUCAGUCUGUAUCAUCCUAGUCCAAUCGAC